CACUACUCCUGGUGUUUACCACUUCCCCAGCGCCAGUCUUCGGCCGGGCUAGACACGGUUUGUUCACUACUAUUGAAAACUGUAAUUCGAUUUUGUUUUAUUUUAAUAAAAAAAAAACAAUUUUCAGCAUUUUUUAACGACAAUUAUUGAAAGUUUCGCGAAAGUUCUUCUUAAUACUGCGCGAAAGGUGUAUAGUGCGUGAAAAUCGUUAAAAAAAAAGAAGGAGACAACAAUUUGUGUUGAGCUCUUUUAUUAUAUAUAAAUUAGAAAAAGUGUGGUGUGGAAACAAGCAGAAAAAAAGUGCAUUCAUGUGAGGUGGUGCAAAAUUUCAUGAAAGGAUUUGGCGAAGGGAGUUGGUGCUGCUGAGAGAGAGAAAGAAGUGCCAAUAUGUGGGAGAGGAGAUGGCUCCUACUCAUUUUAUAUGGUAUUUUACUAGCCACAUCAGUUUCGAACGCUCUCAAAGGCACAAGACAAAAAUUCAAAAUUGCCACAACGUCGACAACCACAACAUCAACAGAAGAUCCUCAAACGGAAGGAGGGGAAGGUGACGAUGUUGAGAGUACAACAAUUACAGUGGGCGAAGGAAAUGGCACAACAGGUCACAUAUUGACGGGAAACCCACAGAUCGAUUAUAUCUGGGAUCCAAAUUUACCACGUGAAUUAAAUGGUUACAAUUUAAGUGACUAUCCAUUCUACAAUAGUAUACCAGAAGAUAUUAAUUUUAAAUGUGAUGGACUCCAUGACGGAUUUUACGCCAGUGUUCCACACAAAUGUCAGGUAUAUCAUCACUGUCUCUAUGGGACACGUUAUGAUUUUCUCUGCGCCAACUUCACGGCCUUUGAUCAAAAGACAUUUAUCUGUCAUUUUGUAUCCGAAGUUGAUUGCAAUAAUUCAAAGAAAUAUUGGCACAGAAAUGAUGCUCUAUAUCAGGCUGUGACAUCAACCACGACAACAACAACGACAACAACGACACCGUCGACAACAACAACAACUUCUGCACCAAUAGCAGCUCCCACAAGUCGACCUGCAACACGUGAUCGAGAACCGGGUCGAAGAAGAAGACCAUUUAGAAGACGUCCUUCAUACGAUUACUAUGAGGAUUAUUAUGACGAUGAAUAUGAUUCACGAGGACGUCUUCGUGGAUACGACAGAAGGGACUAUGAGGAUUAUGAGGAAAGAACGUACAGACGUGAUCGUGAUAGAAACCGAGAUUUUCGUGAUAGAUCACGUGACACGGAUGAACGAGAAACAAGUCCAAGGGAACGAUUUCCCGUGAGGCCGAAUAGGAAAAAAAUGUUUAAUUCAAAUAGAGAUACACUGGAGGAGGAGUCGAGAUCGAGAACCAGGGAUCAGGAACCAGGUUCCAGGAGUAAGGAUCUCGAUGAUAGUGAAUUUGACGAUCGCAGAACAUUGGAUUCAAGAAGCAGGGAAAUUACAGAUAAACGAUUUAAAGAUGAAUAUGAAGAUAAAGAAACAGUAGCGGCGACAACUGGAAGUACCGAAGGACUCGUUAAACCUGCAGCUCCCAAUUUAUCAGUCUAUUCAAGACCACGAGCACCGCCGAAAAUAAGAAGACCGGUACCUAUUUCCGAACAGGAUAAAUACGCUUAUAAAGUGACAUCAACGCAACCGCCUGUUGUUACAGAAGAACCUCGAAGACGACCCAGUGAUACACAUCUAAUGGAUGAAUAUUACGAUGACGAUUUAGAGGACGUUAGACCACGUCGACCCCUAAGGAGACGACCUCCAUUUCGAGAACGGGAUUUCUACGAAACUAGGGAUAGAGAUUUAGAUCGACCCUACAGAACAAGAUACAGGGACGAAGAGGAGGACGUAAGACAGCGAAAACAUCCUGAACGCCCGAGGGAUCGUUUUUACGAGCGCGAUAAAGGGUUAGAACGUAGCCGUGAUCGUUCACUGGAUCGUGGGAAGGUUCCCGAAAGAGUAGCGGAUCGUGAGAGAGAUCGAAGCAAUGGCCGAUCGCAAGACUCGGAAAGACCAAUUUUAUCCUCGCGACCUUUAAAUCGUGAAAGGGAAACCGAACGUUUCAAGCCAAGAACAAAAGAUCCACAGGAAACAAUUGAAUCAACUCAAAGAUCCAGCAUUUACGACAGAACGACCACAACGACUUCUACUACCACUACAGCUCCUCCCAGACCCGAGGCAAAAGACGAAGAUUAUCAAAAAUCAGAAAUCGAACUCUUAAAACAUCAACAUGAAACUAAAGAAUUGCCGGAUAAAUAUUGGAGACCCACACAAAAAUCUGAGGGCGAAGAAGAAACUGAAUACACUGCCGAAUAUUACGAUGAAGAAGAAUCGGCUCCUACUUUACCACCAAGAACUCCUGUGAGAAUUGUCAAAAGACCCUUCCUUCCUUCCCGUGGGGGAAAUCCAAAUCCUCGAGGACUUUUACCAGUGGGUUCCAAAGCACCUGGAGCCAAGGAGGAAUCAGAUCGGGAGGAAAAAUCAAAAAGCCGUUGGGAAAAUAAAACACUUUACAACGCCUAUAAAGUAAUUCAAACAGAAAAGAGGCCUGAGGAUUUAAGAAGACCUGAAGAAAUUCAAGAGACUCAUCGAAGACCCGAUGAAACUGUUCAAAAAAUUAACGAAUACAGAAGACCCGAGGAACUACCAAAACGAACCGAAGAUUCCGAACAAAGACCACAGGAAAUUUUACAAAGACGACCCGAGGAAGUUUUACUACGAAGACCUGAUGAAUUACUACCAAGGAGACAAGAGGAAUUAUUACGAAGACCAGAGGAAAUAAGACGCCCCGAAGACUCCGAUUUAGGUCAAAAGCGACUAAAUCAAAUUCAAAGACGUCCCGAGGAUCAUCAAAGAUUUCUCGAGGAACAACAACGACGACUUGAGGAGGAACAACGCCGCCUUGAGGAACAUCAAAGAAGACCCGAGGAAUUAAAUCCCCGUCGUCCUGAUGAGCGUCAAAAAAGACCCGAACUACAUCAAGGACGACUUCAAGAACCACCACAACAAGAAAGAACCACCCAAUCAUGGAAUUAUCAUCAAAAUCAAUUACCCACAUCGCCCGCUUUAGUGCGUAACAAUAAUCCACGUGUAAUUCCAGUGACAGAACAAAAUCAUUUUGAUAUUCACGAUCAGCCAACAGGUCCAGGGAAUUUUAGAGCAAAACAAAAAUUAAAUGAAGUAACACGCCUACAGGAUAUUCCUGAAAGUGAAUACGACGUAACAUUAAAUGAAGCACUCACACCAUCAUUAAAUCAAGAAACAAAUCUUCCAAGUGGUUUUGUCCUUCCAUUGCAUAGGCAACAAUUAGGACGGGAUACAAUUCUUCAGCCAUCGGAGAAUACUUAUAAAUUUUCACGACCAAUUCAACAGCAUAAAUCUUUUGUACCGAGUCCUUCAUUUCUUCCCCAAUUAACCAGGAACAAUAAUAAUAAUAAUAACAAUAACAAUGAUAGACAGAAAACUGUCUAUUUUAGUAAUCCCGAUUCGGUUCAUAUUAGUGGAAAUCAGUACAGACCGCAAAGAGGACACUGGCAGGAUUUCACAGGAUUUUGAAGAAAAUACAUAAAAAAAAUUGAUCUGAAGCAGAAUUUGUAAACUGCGAGGGAAAAUAUUAAAUUAAACAAAAACAAAAUGGGGAGAAAAUAAAUUAUAACUAAAAAUAAAAUCUUCCCUGAUUUAAAAUUUGAAACACCUUUUUGGCUGUCUGCAGGUUACCAUGGCAACGCACGGAUUUGAGUGAGACAGAAAAUUUGAAUAUUCAAAUUUUCUAUCGCAUUCACUCUCAUGCGUUGCCAUGGUAACCUGCAGGCAGCCAAAAAAGGUGUGAGAGCGCCUUAAGAGAUAUUUAAAAAUAUCGUUGAAUUUUUAAAAACGCCAAAUAAUUUGGUGUCGGAUAUUUUCAACUGCGAUAAUUGAAAAAAAUGUACUGUAUUUUUUUUUAAUAACAAAAUUGUGUUUCAAAGUUCUUUAAAAGUUUCUGUAUAAUUUUAAAUGAAAAAAAAAAUUCCGUGAAAAUUUGCGUCUAGAUGCGUAAAAUUUAUGAAAAAUAACGCUAAAUAGACAAAAUAUUUAUUGAAAUUUUGUUUAUCUACACCUAUAGAAAAAAGAUUUCUUCAAAAAAAGUUUUCUUUGAAUCAAAGAAAUUUUGUGCAUUGUUAUAGGAUCAAAAAAAUUUUUUUUUUAAAUUUAAAUAAAUUAUUUCUUUACUUCUUUUUGUUAACACAAAGAAAUAUUUCUUCGAUUACACGAAAUUUUUUAUUUGAAUCAAAGAAAUAAUUUUUAUUUUAUAAAUAGUAAUGAUUUUAGACUAGUUUUUCAGUAUGAAAUAAAUUUUUAUUCAUUAUUUCGUAUUUUUAUUAAAAUAUAAUGUAAAAAUAUUAAAUUAAUGAAAUAAAUUUUUACUUUAUAAUCUAUUUCAAGGACAUUAAAUUAAUUUCAAAAAUUUUUUUUUUGUAAAAGUAAAGAAAAUAUUUUUUAAUUCACAUUUGGUUUAAAAACAGAUAAUCAGGGUUGGGAAGUGCGAAAAAGUUCAUUGUAGAAAGCCAGAGAUGGGAAACUAGUACAUUAAAAUCAUAAAUUUUAUCACAUGAGGCAGAAAAGGAUAGAAGAUAUUUCUGUCUGAAAUUCAGGGAUGGGAAACUGUUCAAAAAGUGAUUUUAAAUAACGAUUUCUUUGUUUCAAAGAAAUCUUUUUUCUAGGUGUAAAAGAUGAACUUCGAAUUUGAAUGUUUUUACAUUAAUAAAUAUUUAAUAAAAAUAAAUAAAUAUUAAAUAUGGAAAUAAAUUAAUUUUUAAAGUAAUUAAAUUAAAAAUAAGAAUUGCCAUUUAAAAUUAAUUGAAUUGAAAAAUAAUUAAAUUUGCAAGACGUUUACUAAAAACUACAUAAAGUUUCUUUUUUUUUAUAUAAAAAAAACCAAUUUUCUGUUGUCAGAAAUUUUUCAUUUUUUAUUUAAAAAUACUUGAAAAAUUAGAAGGCAUUUGAGACAUUUUUUAAGUUUGUUAAAAAAAAAACAGGAAUAUUUUUUUCUUAUUAAUUCAAUCUUAGGGGCUGAAAGCAAAAGAAUUCUGAUUUUUUUUUUUGUAAAAUAAUUAAAUUUUAAUUGAUUAAUAAUUAAAAAUUUGGACCGUAAUUGAAAAAAAUUACACUUAAAAGAGCUGCGAUCUUAACAUUAAGUAUUAUUUGUCUAGUUUUACGAGAAUAUUUUAUUUUGGAAAGUAUGAGUAUAUAAUGAAAAUUAUAAAUAUUUCACAUGCAAAAAAAAAUAAGCAUCGAUAUAAUAUUAUAAACUUUUAAUUAAGAAUCGGUCAAGAAAUUGGAAAAAAAUUAGUCUAACUUUAUAUUUUUCUAUAUUUAAAUAAAAAAAAAAAUUGCAGAAAUGCAAAUAAUUUAAUUUUUAACAUUCUUAAGGCCAGGUCCAAGUCGAGUCAGCUGUUCCUUUGAAGUUUCAAUGGAACAGCUGACACGACUUGGACCUGGCCUUAAGGCGGUUCAACCUCUUGACAUAACCUCAAAAUAAAAAAUGGUUUGCCACCAAAUAAAUUUAUAAAAUUUUAUUAAUUAUUAUUAAUAAUAAUAAUAAUAAUAAUAAAUAAUAAUAUAAUUAUUAAUAAUAUUAUUACUAUUAUAAUAUUAUUUAUUAUAAUUAUAUAAUAAUAUUAUUUAUUAUACAGUAAAUGCCAACAAAAUAUUUUUUAUGCAAAAAUUGUAAUCCUUCGAAAUUUAAUAAAAUCAAUUUUAAUUAUAGUUUUAUUUGUUGUUAAUAACAAAUUUUUAGUUUGAGGUUAUGUCAGUUUUUAACAAAUAUCCGAAUCUGCAAUUUUUAAUAAUUCAAAAUGUUAAAAACAAAAUUGCUUAUUUUUUUAUUGAAAAAUAUCUAAAUUGAAAAUUGUUUUUUUUAAUCAAUUUAGAAUAGGAUAAAAAUAUGAACUAAUUUUUUUUUGACUGUCAAUCCGAUUCUUUUUUAAAUUUAUUGUCAUUGGGAAUUCACAAAUUCCCUUAAUAUAUCAAAAUUCGAUUAUUUUAAAAACAAAAAAUUAAAAUAGAGAUAACAAAUUCACAAUAAAUGUUCCAACAAUUUUCUAAUAAUUUUAAUUAAUUAAUUAUUGAAACAUUUACAUUAAAUAAUUUUACAAAAGAAUUUUAUAACGUACUGUUACAAAAUUUCGUAAUAAAAUUAUUUAAUGAAUAUUACAAUCAAUUUAUAAUAAAAAAAAAAUUACGUUUAUAUAUAGUUGAUAAUUUUUAAUUUCGUACAAAAUUUUGAUAAAGGAAAAUGAGAAAAAGAAAAUCGCGAUAAAAAAAAAAUUUUAUUGAAAAAAUUAAAAUAAUAAUUAUUGAAAGAAAUGAGACGAUAUCGAAUAUAGAUGAGAGAGAAAAAAAACCCUUCUUCCCUACAAAUUUGGGGUUAAUAUUGUCACAUAAAUGCAUACUUAAGGCCAGGUCCAAGUUGAGUCAGCUGUUCCUUUGAAGUUUCAAUGAAACAGCUGACACGACUUGGACCUGGCCUUAAGUGUUAUACGAAGAAUGAAUUUUAGAUAUUAUACUUUAUGUUAAUAAGAAUCAUUAUAAAUAUGAAUGUAUGAGUGAUAAAAAAAAUAUAUUAAAAUAUAUAAUCGUAAUUCAAUUGAGAUUAUUAUCGCUAUCAAAAAAAAAAAAAAAUAAUAAUAAAUUUUCUUCGUUUUCUUCAUUGAAUUAAGAAUGGUAUAUAAGUUGGAAUAAAGUGUACAAUGUCGAAGUCGUUAGCAAGUUUUAAUAAAAUUUUGUAAAUAUAUUAAUACAACAAUGAUAUAAUUUUAUGAGUGUUUUUCUUCACUUUAAAUUAUUUCACUUUCUGUGAGGAAUAUAUGAUUCCAUGGAUAUUAUAAUGUACCACUGCCUCCGACACUACAUUACGAAUAGUGUGUGAAGAAAGGAUAAUAAAAAAAAAAAAAAUAUAUGUAUAGACUUUGUAUGCAAAAACAGAUGUCUAAUUAAUGUAAAUUAUGUCGAUAGUUAAUAAGAUUUUUGAAAACAUU